GUGUAGAAUAAUAGCUACCUGAAAUGUUGCAUAACCACAACUAUUCGUACAAAAAUUGUUAAUUUUUAAAUGAAUACUAAAAUGCCACUAGAUCUACUUGGGUUGACAUGGAUCAUACUAGUUUCUUCAAAUUCAAGAGAUUAUUAUAACUACAUUUAUAUUUAUUUCUUGAAGAUAAAAAAUGAAGAUGUGCACAAGCACCCAUCUCAAAUAGAAGUCACUCUUCCACGACAUUUUUGCUCUCUUCAUUCUCCAAUCUCGAAGUAAUAGAUCAAAAACUACCCAUAACUUCCAAACUCAGACUAAAAGCUAUCCACAACUCGACUUCACUAGGCCUAGGUACCAAUGGAUCCACCACAUCUCCCAUCUCAUCCGCCUACCACUACUGCUGUACCUGCUGCUGCCGCCACCAUCACCACCCAUCUCAGCCAUCCUGAUUCAGCCAAUUGCUCCCCUCGAUCUCGCCAUGUUGACACCUGGGACGAAUCUCUUGCACACGUCCCAGGUGCCAAGCUGCGCCUCAUGUGUAGCUAUGGGGGCCACAUUAUACCCAGGCCCCACGACAAGUCCCUCUGCUACAUCGGCGGUGUCACCCGCAUGGUGGUGAUUGACCGCCAUUCCUCUCUCUUCGAUCUCUCCUCCCGCCUCUCCUGCACACUCCUCAACAGCCGCCAUUUCACCCUCAAGUACCAGCUCCCCAAUGAAGAACUUGACUCUCUCAUCUCUGUCACCACCAACGAAGACCUAGAAAACAUGAUCGAAGAGUACGACCGCAUCACUCCGACAACGCCAUUGAAAACUGCUCGCCUUCGCCUGUUUCUCUUUCUGGCCAAGCCUGAAACCGCAGCUUCAAUGGGUUCCCUACUUGACGACGCCAAAUCCGAGACAUGGUUUGUGGACGCACUAAACGGGGCUGGUUUGCUUCCUAGAGGACUAUCUGACUCGGCCACCAUGGACUGCUUGCUAGAACUUGAAUCUCAUCAUGGGGUUGAGUCCCAAAAUGAAUUUCUUGACAAUAACAAACAAGGAGUGAAGGUGAAGAUUGUCCAGGAUGUGAAUUCAACAAUGCCUGAUUCACCAAUGGUUGAAACAAACUCGUCAUUCGGAUCAAGCUCUUCGACUCCUUCGAUGUCGACCUUGCCAUCGAUCAAGGUUCGGGUUGAGGACAGUGGUGAUCAGAUGGUUGGGUUGGAUGAGGCAUUUUCACAUAUGACUGUUGUGCAUAGUGUUCAAAAACAAGAUGAUGGGUUGGUUUUGUUGUCAGCUCCAUCACCACUUCCGCCGCCUUUAAUGGUGGCUGCCACCACAGUAUCUGCCGUUUCCGGGGAUGAUGAGAGGUCGGAUCAGGGGGUGCCACCACCAACUGGAUUUAGGAAACCGCCAUUGCCGCUGCAGACAGUGCAGAGGAAGGUUGUGGAUGCUUAUAAUUUGCCAUCGCCUGAUUCAAAGCUUGCUGGGGGUUUCAAUUUGCAUUCACCUGAUUCAGUAGCAAGUGAUUCCAGCAUUGCAUCUUCAACUUCUCUCUCAAAACACACUGUUUACCAAGAGUCAUCUCAUCAUGUCACAACAACUGAAAACAGAGUUCCUCCAUCUAUCCCAAUUGAUCCCAAAGCAAACAUCUCUGAUCCGAGCUCUCAAAUCCCUCUUCAACAAGUUCAUGAUUCUUCACAUUUGCUUCCUCCCCAACAAAUACAACAACAAUAUGAAUUUGUUCAUGCAAACAAGCAUUAUAUCCACCACCCCACUGUAACCGGUCAAGUCCCUAUCUCAUCUUACUACCAAAUGUGUGCACCACCACCAUCACAACAACAACAACUUCAUCACCAAAUCGAUCAACAACAAUAUCCAAUGUACUUCUUGCCAGUCUCCCAAACCCAAUUCACCCAACAACCAUACAACCUGUCUAUGCAGCCUAAUGUCGCUGACACUACUGUAAGCAGGCCACCAUGUCCUUCCAAUUCUCAACCUAUUUACCCAACAAAACUAGAAAUGGCAGCAAAUGUGUACAAAACAGGCGCGACAACGAUUGGUGGUAAUCAAUUUCAGCAGCAAUAUGUGAGUGUGGUGCCUCAGAUGCAUCAUCACCCAUCUCAAUCACUUGUUGGCAGUACUACUGCUAAUUAUGGGUAUAAAUGUCCUCCUCAUCCAACACAUGACCAGCAGGUGUACUAUGCUACUCAGUAUCAAACCAUGACUCCGGCUACAGCGGUGUUGUUGUCACAGGCUUCGGCACAGGUGCCUGCUGACAACACUACUACUUAACAGAACAGAACUUCGCAGCCAUUGUAAGUCGAGAAAAUUUGAGAAAUUCUGGAGUCUCUGGCGGUUCUAUCAUGUGGUCUUCUUUUGCAAAACUUCUUGUUUCUUAUUUGUGACAAUAAAGGGAUUGAUUCAUUGUGUUCUUUUUUAUGUGCUUAUAAAGUACAAUGGAAGAUUAAGGUGAUAACUAUUUAUAAAAAAAUUAUAAUGUAAUGUUGAUUAAGGUGAUAAUUGUAAAAUUGCAUGCUCAAUUUGCUAUUUCAACUUUGCUAUGCUUUUUAUACCAAUGUUUUGGCCUCAGUUAUGUUCUUUCUUUAUC